GACAUUUGAAAUCAAAAUAAAUUUUAUAAAAAAAUAUUAUUUUGGGCUUUUUCAUUUUCAGCCUUUUCUUUAGUUUCAAUUCAUAUGAGAAGAAUUAAAGAAUAAUAUAUUCCUUUAAAAUGAACGUCCUGUGUAAACGUAGUCAUCUAGCAAACUAUGUGUAUCGAGUACUUUGCAAAGAAAUUAAACCUAUAACCUCUCUGAAAGUCAGCUGUUUACACAAUGCCGUAGGAACCAGUACAAAGCUACAUAAUUUAAAGCCAGCGAAUUUAUUAUAUACUGCGAUUCGUUGUAAAUCUAAAAAGUCUAAAGAUGAUGAUUCUGAUGAUGAAAAUGCAACUAUUUGGGAUGAUGAUUCAUCACUUACAAAGGACUCGAAAAUUGUUAAACUCAACGCUACUUCCCUGAGAAUGGAUGCUAUACUUAAGUCUACUUUAGGAGUGGCAAGGAACAAAAUAGAAAAAUUAUUUUAUGAGAGCAAAAUCAGAGUUAAUGGAAAAAAGGUUCUGAAGAAAAGUAUCCCAGUGCGAGAAGAUUAUGAAAUAGAUGUCAUAAAAAGUGUAAGUCCCAAAAAUCCAGAUCAUUUGUAUGUAGCAAGAGUAGAAAUUAUAAGUAUAGCAGCCAAAGAAGAAAGUAUAGCAAUUACUGCGAGAAGAUUCAAAAACCUACUUAUAGAAAAUUAUGAAACAGAUCCAUAUAAACCUUCAACAGCAGAUGAAGAUAAAUGAAAAAUGUAAAUAGUAACAAAUUUUUAUUAAAACAUUGAACUAAGCAUAAAA